CCGACACAUGGGGAACAACAUACAGUCACGCGGCAUCCCACGAGCUAGUGGAGGUAAACAUACGCUAACGCUUGACUAGAUUUUUAACAUAAGUGAACUUGUGACACAGGACAGGACACAUACCAGGAUCCCACAGAUUUCAAAAGAUGGCGGAACACAGUUGUCCUCGUAUAGCAGUGAUUGUCGUGGCAGUUUUUGUGUACGCACUUACGAUUGUCUUCAACGCAUUAUCCGGAUCUGCUGGACGAGAGCUUGGGAUAUUCAACAGCUCCGUCGGAGAUGUGUCAGACUCUUUCUACCUUGAGGUGACCCCGGCGGGCUGGACGUUCAGUAUCUGGGGCUUUAUUUACACAUGGCAGGCCCUCUGGCUCAUCUACGCCCUCACCACCAUCUGUCGCAGAACUAAGUCUGGGACCUACAUAUACCAGCUCCCGAUUCUCCCCCCAAUAAUGUACAUCUUGUUUAUUUGCAACAACAUUUUCCUGGUAUCGUGGCUCUUUGCCUGGGACCGGAAAGAGCUUAUUUGGGCUCUAGUUACAAUAGCAUUGCUUCCGAUUACUCUCGCUUUGGCACUCUUCUUCUCCUUUAGGAGUCUGUAUCACAAUCUUGGGAGGCUCAAUGAAGAUGAAGCUGUCAAGGACAUUUGGCUCAUCCGCUUCUUGGUACAAAAUGGCAUGGCAUUCUUUUGUGCCUGGGUAACCAUAGCAACAUUACUAAACGCCGCCAUGGUGAUGACGUACGAAGGUAACCUUACAAAUGAAGAUGCUUGCACAACUGCCUUAGGUAUUUUGUCUUGCAUCAUAAUCACGUGGUUUCUGCUGGACAACACCAUACUGGACAGAUACGUUCGGUACACCUUCAGCCCCUACAUUACCCUUACCAUCGGUCUCAGUGGUGCGGUUGCUAAGAACUACGACAUUGAACGUCGUCACAGGAACUCCAUCGUUUUAGUGUCACUCCUUGUCGUGGCUGUGGUGAUGCUGGUUGCCAAAAUCUCAAUCAUGUUCAUUCGCCACUUUCGGAAGCCUAUUUCAUCUAAAACGCAGUACAAACUCAAUGUUUAAACUAAGCUAUUCGGCAAUUAUGUAUGCUAUUCCUGGCAUAAUAUGGUGAUGUAUUAAUCUCAUAAAUACUCUUUUAUUAUAAUUAUUAAAAAAUAAUCCCAGA